AUGUAUUCGCCUCGGGUUCUACCUUCGAUUGCUUCUACCAACAAUGCAGACAACGAGCGAUCAGCUACCUCUACAGCGGCAACCAACGACGACAUGGACCUGGAUCCAGUCUACCAAGAAACGAGCAAACAAUACAUUUCACUGCAUGAAGCAGGCAAGGGCACGUGCGGAAAAGUCACAUUUUGCAUACGAACGCCGUCGUCGACCGCGAACGCUCCCACGACAAACCCUACAGCGCAAAGCCCAGCCAUUGUAGCCAUCAAGAUACCUAGUCGAGAAAUGUGUCGCGACAGAAUAGCCGUCGAGAUCACUGCUCUACGACGCAUACACAGCACCUUGGCUGUUAGUACGAAUAGAAAUGUUGCGAGACACCUCCCCACUUUCAUCGGAGCUGACCCAAUUGAGGAUGGCGGGUCGCGCUGGUUGUCCGUUCACCCUAUCCCUGGCUUCAACCUCGAGCGACUUCGGGUCGUGGUCACCCAUAUAGUAUCCUCCUCGUCCGGAGCCUCCGCCACUCGCACCCUCCCAUUCCCUGCGAUACCGGAAGUACUUCUGUUACACAUCGCGAAACAGUUGACGAAAGCGGUGGAGUGGCUACACAACGUCGCCAACAUCUCUCACAACGACGUCUUUGGCGGGAAUGUUAUGCUCGACAUGUCCGCCUCAAAUAAGGAAUCUGGUUUCAUAAUGCCAACCGUCGUCUUGAUUGACUUCGACCGCGCAACCUUGCACCCGAACGAUAGAGAGAAAGGAAUCGACCGCUCGUUUGAAUAUGAGCUUAUACAUCUGCUCGACGGUACGGGCCGAGCGUCAUCACGAGAGACUGAUUCACUCAAAGAAGACACCAUUGUACCGGAGGGUCUGAUGACCUGGUGGGAUGUGUUUACGAGGUUCCUCGCCAUCAAUAAGAGUCAAUAUCUCCAAGAAGCGUCGUCGAGUUCAGCGCAAUUCAGGGAACGAUUCGGCGUGGCAAUUGAUCGCCGAUUGGAGGAUAUAGCUGACGAGGAAGAGCGGCAGGUACAGGAGUUGCUCGAUAUGGUUGUCAAGAAAGAGGUUCGAUUUCCAAGUGAGGAGAGGAUUAGGGACGCGCUGGGGCAGUGGGAAGAUGGGCAGGUGCUGGUUGUUGUACAAAAAACAAGAUAA